AUGUCUACAGUAUACGCUCCUCUCUCCCCUCCAAAUUCAUCUCCAUUUCGUCUCACCGUUUUGAAUGCAUCGUUCCUUCUUUGUGUUUUGGUUUGCAGCAGCUCUUCCCACGUCCAGGUGAAACCCCAUUUCAAAUCCACUGAAUGGUCAAUUAAACUGGUUUCAGCUCAAAGACGUUACGCCGAGUUUCUCGGAAUGUUGGUACAAAGCGUGUAUUUUGCUUCAUUUCCACUAACAACUUGGUGGAUUUUGUUUAGCGGAUGA